AUGCGGUAUCAUCUCAAGUCGCUCCUGCUUGCGCUCACGCUCGGCGCCAGCACCGCAUUAGCACAGGAUGCUGCUUCAGCGCUCGUGAGCCGUCGCCUCACCGAGUAUCUGAUGCCAGCCGCCGCCGAGACACACGAGUUUGCACGCGUGCCGGACUCGAACUUCGUGCUGCUGACGCAAAUGUCCGACAGCCAGCUCAUCAAGAUCGAGCUCGACCCAACCACCGAAGAGCCGAUUGCAUUUCACUCAUUCCACAUAGGAAAGAACAGUACAUCCGAACUACACGGCGUGUGGCCAUCAACCGUCCACCCCGGCAUGAUGUGGCUCUCACUACAAGGCGACAACGAACUCCUACUCGUCGACCCGGGCCAGAACCUCUCAACCGCGCCAUCCAUCAUCAAGACGAUCCCCAUCCCAGCGCCAGGCAACGGCCCGCACUGCGUCUUCGAGAUCGGAGACCGCGUCUGGGCCGGACUGAAGGUCGCAUCCGAGCAAACAGGCCAGUACUACGUAUUCUCAGCCUCGAUAUCCAACAGCACCGACCAGACCCUCUACCCAUGUCUCAACAGCCCAGUAUUCAUCAAGGAAGAGCCGACAACAGGCCUUAUCUACGUCACGCAAGACACCGACUCCUCCAUCAUGCGCAUCAACGUCACCAGCAGCGAGACAGCGCAGCUCCCGAUCCCGCCCAGCGUCGGCAACAACGCCGUCGGCAUGAUCAGCGCCUCGGGCCCGCUGAGCGGCGUGUGGUUCACGCUCGCCGGCAACGCCACCGGCGGCACAGGCACCUUCGGCCACAUCGGCUCCUCUGGCGAGAUGGAGUUCUUCCAGCUGCAGCAUCCACUGCUCGGCACCAAUGCCGGCCUGCUGCAUCUGGCCGAUGCGUCGAGCGUGGCCGGCGGCCCGGCCUUGUGGCUGUUGUCGACGUCGCUGCUUAGUGCUAAUUCGCCGGAUGCGCUGAUCCGUGUCACUUUCGAUGCGGCUGUUACGUCGGUUUCGGGCGAGGAAUAUGUUUCCAUGCUUACGCAGAAUGCUAUGGUGCAUCGCGUCUUGCCGUUGGAUGCUACUGUCUUGGUCUCUGAGCUGCAUACUUUUACGCUCGCUCAGCUUACUUAUAAUAAUACUGUUGCUGGGCAGUGGUUGCCUGCUGAGGCGGUUAGUAAUACUACGGUUUAUACUCAGGCUGGUUAA